GUGCAUAAAUAUGCUGCAUUAGGGUCCUUUCAAAAAGUGCGUGUAAUUCAAAGUUUCUUUAAAAAUUCAACUGUGAACAGUUUGUGUUUGCGUUUGCUCUGCCGUUAGUUGCUAACAACAUGAGCCUGCCCAGCGGCGUGGAUAUGCAAAAUUUAAUGUCUCAACAUCCAGUUCUAGGCGCUUUGCCACCGGCCUUCUUUCUACGCGCGGCAUCUGAGCGUUAUCAGCGUACGCCGAAAUGUGCGCGUUGCCGCAAUCACGGAGUGGUUAGCGCACUCAAAGGACACAAACGUUAUUGCCGUUGGCGUGACUGUGUUUGUGCGAAAUGCACAUUGAUUGCGGAGCGACAGCGUGUUAUGGCCGCACAGGUCGCAUUGCGUCGCCAACAAGCUCAAGAGGAGAACGAGGCACGUGAACUGGGUCUACUAUACACCAAUGUGCCGCCUGGCCAGCAGAAUGGCGUUGAGGGCGGUGGUGGUGGCGCUGGUGUGCCACCAAAUCCGCACAGUCCCGCGCCACCAAUGACCAACGCCACUGGCUUCCAUCCGGGCAUACCCUCACCGCCCAGUGAUGGCUUGGACACCAGCAAUAGCCAGCGUAUACAGUAUAACGGCAAUGAAUCAGAUACCGAUGUGCGUAUGCGUUCUUCGGAGCGACUUUCGAUGGGCUACUCGCCGGAUCGCAGCACUGAAGUGGAGAGUCCAGGCUCGAAACGUGCACGACUCUCCAACGAGACCGAUCAGGAUACCGGCUCGGAAUCUUCGCCCAGCAGUCCACGCAUGAAGGGACGUAGCUACAAUAAUGAUGGCAGUGGCAAUCUUUCACCCACCCGCACCGGACCGCCCAGCUCACCGGAAUCUGAUCUCGAUGUUGAUUCGGCGCCCGAUGAGGCAACACCCGAAAAUCUCAGUUUGAAAAAGGAAGACUCCACCUCACCACCGCACACACCCACAGACAACCUACAUUUGCUGCGCUCGUUCAACAAUGGCGCCGCACAGGGUUUCAUGCCAUAUCAUCAUACGCAGUUCCUUGCCGCUGCCAUGCCGGCUCAUCAACACCCACAGCACCAACAUCCACAUCAUGCCCAACAGCAACAGCAUCAGCAUCAGCAGCAACAACAACAACAGCAGCAGCACGCGUUGGCGGUACAACAACAAAUGCAGGCAUCACAACCGCAACAACGUUCACCCGUCGAUGUGCUCUUACGCGUCUUUCCCAAUCGCCGUCGCAGCGAUGUUGAACAGCUGUUGGCACGCUAUCGUGGUGAUGUCCUACAGGCUAUGGAGGCCAUGCUAUCCGGUGAGGAUAUGACGCAGGCGCUUGCUUCGGCUGCGGUGGCUGCAGCUGCUGCUUCGGUUGCGGCAUCGCCACCAAAUGUGCCGCCAUCGCCGCCCUUCCCACUAAAGUCGGCCUUCUCGCCAUUGGUGCCACCCGCUGCAGUCUUCGGUUCGCCAACACAUCGUUAUCCGCCCUUCAUGCAGGCGCAUGCUAAACGUUUCCUUGCCGCCGGUCCAUAUGCGACUGCCGCGUAUUUGCCCGGUGUGCUGCCACCGGAUGUGAUCGAUCAAGCAGAGUCGAAUGGUGGUGCGUCGAUGGAUCGUAAUAGUAACGCCGGUGAUUCGCAAGAUUGAAAAAGUUGUUGC